AUGCCGUCUUGCAGCGUUUCACUGGGUCUACUGGUCUUACUGGGAGGCAUGCUGGCUUACGCUCUGCCAUUUCAGGCUAUUUCAAAGACGCUAAAAGAAAGUCACGAGUCCAUCGCAACUUAUCUGGGCCUGACGCAGCUGGAGAUCAACAGAGCUCCUCUCUUCGAUUUCGUCAUCAAAACCAUCAACACCUCCUGCCAGAGAAAAGACGACAUGCAGCUGAUGAGCGCCACUCUGGACGUCUACACGCGAAUCUUUUCCCAUGUCCGGCAUCACCACGGCAUCCACCUGCUGGACGGGCUGAGCGAGCCGGAACGGACCGAAGUACUACAAUAUCUGGUCAACCAGGAGAAAAAUGUGAAGGAGCUGAAAAGCCGACUGAUUUGUCACAAUCAAAGCAUGGAGAAUGCUCUCAUUGAGCUGAAAAGCAUCAAGGUGGAUGACCCCCUGGUGCAGAAAAAGGCUCUGGCUCAGUACCUACAGAUGUACCAGGCAGCUUCUGUUGUGGCAGAAUCCAACGCUGCUUCUGCAAAGUAACCAUCAAUUAUUCGCCAGUU